UGUACAAGGAGACGACGCCGGCGGCCGUAAUCCCGGCCCCGGAGCGUGCGGCGGCGGCGGAGGAGCAGCGGACCUUCCGGCUCCGCGGACUGCAGAUUGGCUGGACAUGGAUCUAAUUCUUCCAUUUGAAAUUGGAGAUUUCGCAGAAUCAAAGACCUUUGUUGAAGGUUACAGAGGUGCAUGGUUUCGCUCCAAGAUAAAUGAUAUGCGUGUCACAGAAUCUGGGCACCUUGAGUAUUACUUGGAGUAUAUUGACUAUACUGAAGAAGCCAACGAAUGGGUUCGAGUAUUUCAAAAGAACCCUUUCAACUCAGCAUGCCAGAAAAGGAAAUCAAGUGCGGGUAGUCAAAUCAUGUUGCGUCCUCCCUUUCCUAAUUGGUAUAGGGGAGAUCAAGUUCCUAAGGACUUCCCAAAGAGCAAGCUGAUAGCCAGUGUUCACGAUACCUGGAAAGUAGGUGAUUCAGUUGAAUGGUUGUGUGAAGAUUGUUACUGGACUGCAAAAGUUGUUAGGUUGAUCAGUGAAGAUGUGGCUGAGGUGGUUCUGUUCGAACCUCCCAUAGGUGAAGGUGGGCCCCCUCAUGCCGCUAACCAUAAGGACCUGAGGCCCGCGCUUGAUUGGUCUAUCAUUGAAGGUUGGACUGUACCUCUUUCAGCGGUAAAUGGGAAAAGCUGGCAUGCUGCUCAUCUGAUUCAUCCUACUGAUAUAGAAGAGAGCAACACAGAUGAAGAGGAAGCUCAGGAAAAUUUGAGGCUGAUCUCGACACACAAAUCAUCAGAUCAUAGUCAACAAGGUACCCACAGUUCCAGUAAGCGACAGCUACCUCUGUCAGAGGUUGUUGAGCUGCAGCCUCCUGACACUAUCAAAGGUACCACAGCAGAACCGAGCAGGCCCUCGAACGAAACCAGAGCCCGCCGGUACCCCUUACGAGCCCGGAAGCUUGUGAAGAAUGCACAGGUGCAGCAGAAAUAAGCUUGCAACUCUGCACUUCAUGCCACCCCCGUGGGAUCGUGGCUGUUACGGGAUAAUAGUUGAUAAGCAUGGCUCUUGAUAGUGUCGAGUAGAUGUUCGAUUGGUGUCUUUGCAAAAUCUGCCACAUUGGCGGCUUAGGAGGACUCUUGUCGCAGCAGUUCUGAUCAGAGUGUCUAGAGCAUGAUCCAUUGAUUGGCUGUUGUUCUGAUGAGAGUGUCAGGAUCAGAUAUGUCACACCAGGAACCCGUGAGGAAAAACAGAACCUCCUAGUUUUCUUCAAAUUGAACAUAAGCGGAGGAAGACAGGGGGCAAAGUUAGAAAAAUAUCAUGUCGUUGCCUGGAAUUUUGUUAGGAAGUUGGUGCAAGGACUAUAGGAUGUGGGCAUUUUUGAUAUCUGGUGCCAAUACAUUAGGUUAGACAAUCCCCCAAUGCAUGAACAGUUGUUGAUCGAUGGAUCAUAUAUAUCAGUGGUCUUGGUUUUAUCAUGAUUGUUCUUCUCGGUCUUUUGGGGGGAAACAAAUUGACCAAAGUUCAUUGUGAAAAGAACUAUGAUGCACUAGUUCCACAAUA